AUGGUAGUGGUGGUAAAGAUAGCAGUGAAGAUGGCAGCGAUGGAGGGUGAUAGCUGUGGCGGUAGUGGUGGUGGCAGUGGUAGUGACGACAGCGGAAGUGGUGGCGAUAGAGUGAUAGUAGUGAUUGGCGGCGGCAACAAUAGUGGGGUGGUAGAGGCGAAGGGUGGUGGUUGUGGAUGCAGUGGUGGUGUCAGAAGUGGCAGUGGUGGUCGUGCUAGUGUCGAUGGUGGUGGUGGAGGCAGUGGUGAGGAUGGUGGUGGAGGUAGUGGUGGGGUGAUUGUAGUGGUGGUGGCGAAGGAUGGUGGUGACAAUGGGUGGUGGUGA